AUGUCUAAAGCAUCAGCUCAAAUUCCAGUCAUUGACAUAUCAUCGUCAAAUCCACAUGCCGCAACACAGCUUCUCGAUGCAGCAGCAAAUAAUGGCUUUGUGUUUGUCGAGAACAAUGACGCCGCGGGAAUGCCACCAGCCAAGAUUGCCAACAUGUUCAAUUUAAGUAAAGAGUUCUUCCAAGGUCCGGUGGAAAAUAAGCAAGAAUGUCCGACCCAGAAUAAUCGUGGAUGGGUCUCUAUGCAGCAAGAGACGCUUGAUCCUGGUAACCAGAAGAGAGGUGACUUCAAAGAGUACAAUACCCCCAACUCUCAUCCCACCAUCACACUAACCCCAACCAGAGCAUUCAAUCUCGGCGAAUUCACCAACAACAAACCAAACCAACCACUCCCAACUCCCUUCUCCCAAGAAGCCUCAACCCUAGCAGACUUCACAAACUCCUGCCACGCCCUCUGCAACAAACUGCUUCAACUCUUCGCUCAAGCUCUAGAUCUUCCCUCUGAUUGGUUCAGUUCCCGUCAUGAUCAGACAAAGGGGCCUUCGGGUAGUAUAAUGCGGCUGUUAUACUAUCCCUCUGUACCUGAUACUCUGGCGCCUGAUGAAGAUGAUAUUCGUGCUGGUGCCCACAGUGACUACGGCACUCUAACCCUCCUUUUCCAACUCCCAGGCCAACCAGGUCUGGAGAUUUUGACACCAUCCAAAACAUGGGAAAGUGUGCCCACAAAUCCUCAAACCGAUGCUUCAAAGCCAUUGCCCAUUCUGGUAAACAUUGGCGAUUUACUGGCGUAUUGGACGAAUGGUUUGUUGAAGAGUACAGUGCAUAGAGUCAUCUUCCCGAAAGAGGGGAGAAGGGGAGGAGAGGAUAGACAUAGCAUGGCAUAUUUCUGCCAUCCGUUGGACGAAGCGGAAUUGGUUGCCGUCCCUAGUAAGAGGGUGGAGGAGUACAAGGGGGGUGUUGAGGGGGUGAACAAGGGUGGCAAGACAUUGACUGCGAAAGAUCACUUGCUUGAGCGUUUAGCAGCAACGUAUGGCACGAAGGCUUAG